GCUGGGCCCGUGAGCCAUGGCCGCUGAGCCUGCGCGUCCGGAACCUGUGCUCCGCAACGGAGAAGCCACAACAGUGAGAGGCCCGUGUACCGCAAAAAAAAAAAAAAAAAAAAAGAGGAAGCAGAAAACAUCACAACUUCAUGCUUCUUCCGUGAUUCACAGAUGCCCUGCUUCGGAUUUAUUCGAGUUUUAUGAAGUGAUGCCUGGUUCUCGUGGACUCUUAAGUACCCAGAGGCAAUGUGGAAAAUUAAGAUGCUCUGGUUUCAAGGAAAUAGCAUGCAACUUGCCAAACACUCCUUUCAACUGCUCUUGAGAAAUCUAUCUGCCCCUAAGACUGCUCUACCUGUGCUAACCUUAUUCACAAAGGAUCCGUGCCCCCUUUGUGAUGAAGCCAAGGAAGUACUGGAGCCUUAUAAAAACAGGGAGGUGGACAUCACACUUCCAGAAAACUCUGCUUGGUAUGACAGGUAUAAAUUUGACAUCCCCGUCUUUCAUUUGAAUGGCCAGUUUCUGAUGAUGCAUCGAGUAGACAUCUCAAAACUUGAAAAACAGCUCCAGAAACUUGAGCAGCAAGGUGCGGGAGGCUGAUGAAUGCCCUCAUGAUUUUCCACCCUCUCUGUCCGGAACUCAUUCUCCUGAGGAAAUGACUGUGGCCUCAUGCUCCUUUUGUCACUUUCACACAGCUCUAAGGAUGUUCUGAACUCAGUGGUGCCAAAUAAAUGGUAAUAUUCCUCUUGUGAUUAAUGGAAGUACCAAUGUGGGAACUGUUUACCUGUUGGCAUUUUAUAAAAUAAGAGGAGUGUAUUGGCAGGGAGGGAAUGAUGGAAGGCAAGAGAAAUCUACUUGUUUUUUUUAUGUUUCUCCUUUGUAUUAAUAUGGAAGCAUUUCACAUUCACUGGACAGAGCCGUUUAUAGGAAAAAUGCUCUGUGUCCCUGUUGCUGCCCUAAGGGCUUAACUUUUUAAUGAAAGAAUAAAUGUUCUUCCACUUGGUAGAUAAAGUGAAAUGUGAAUUGUUAAUAACAGUGCACAGUCAAUAAAAGGAUGUUUUAACAAAUACAUCUGCAUGAAGUCUAUCUCCGAGGAAUUUAAUAAUACCUGUUUAAAAUUAGAGCUCAUUUUUUUUGGAUAGAAGAGAAUAAUUAUCCUAGCCAAAGACACUUCAUUUGAGAAAAACAAAAGACUUAAACCCCAAAAUGUAUGUAAGAAUCUCAACGUGCUUUACAGGUAGUCAGUAAACUGAUUUGUAAUACUUGAGUACUGCCUUUGACAGUUUUUCAGUUAUCAUCAACUGAGUUAAUUCAGCUAUUUUUAAGACAGUGGUUUUAUCAAGUUUUAAUAUCUUGGGGAAAAUUCACAUCUUACCAUAACUGAACAGAUAUGUCAUCUAAAGAAAAAAUAUUCUUCACCAUUUUAUGUAAAGUAUUAAAAAUGUAGUUGUGUACUCUUAUUUGUAUUUAGUCAGGUUCAGCCAAUAGAGGAAUGGAUUCAUUUAAAAACAAAACUGCCUUUUCCUCAAUCGCAUCAUUGCAAUUUCAUUUGUAAUGAAAUUCUUUUGAGAACUAUUUCAGUGAAUUUGGAUACUCUGAUUCACUUAGCUAGAUUUUAAUUUUAUCAGUAUGAGUUAGUCUUAGAAAUUAGAGAAUUUUAAAGCUGGCCAACCUUAGACAUUGUUUAGUCCCGCCCCCCUCAUUUUAU